AUGGAGAUGUUUGGUGGGGGAGCUGACCUGAUCGCCGCGGACAACUGGAGGAGGAAGUUGGAAAAGAACUUUCUCUCAGCCCGGUGCCCACCGGAGUACCGUAGAGACUUGGCCGCCCACCAUUUGAAAGAAGACGCCUUGGUCUGGUGGGAUUGUGUAGUGGAAGGUGCAAGGGAUCAACCCGAACUGACUUGGGAGGACUUCCUAGAGGAAUUCAAUAACAAGUACUUUCCCCGGGAAGCAAUGGAUAAGAUGGAGGGUAGGUUUCAGGAUAUCAACCAGGGGUCUCGGGAUGUGCGUAAGUACGGUGAGGAAUUCAACCGACUCCGAAGGUUCGCAGGACGCCACAUGACAGAAAAGGAACUGAUUCGCCGCUUCAUGAAAGGGUUGAGAAUCGAGACCAAGAACAGCUGCAAUGUUCGGGAGUUCCGCACCCUGAAUGAACUGGUGGAAAAGGCAGCUGAACAAGAGGCGGGAAUAGAGGAGCAACGCAAGCAGAAUCAGGCAACUAGAGCCCCAAAGCGACCGCGUGAGACUUCAACCCCCUCGGACAGCGGGACUGGCCGCACCCCUUGCGCCGAGUGCGGGAAGAUGCACUACGGUGAGUGCAAAGGACCAGGAUGUUUCAAAUGCGGGCAACUGGGGCAUAUCAAACGGAAUUGCCCGCAGCUCAAUGACGGGACAGUCACCAAGACACCCAACACAACGUGCCAACAAUGUGGUCGUUACGGGCAUGCGGCCCGGGAGUGCCGUGACCGGACCGAAGCAGGGACAGGGGCUGCACUGCCGGCACCGCCACCAAAGAAGCCAGCAACCCUACCAAGAGUGUUCGUAGCAGGGAACAACCAGGGAACGGAGACCAUAGCAGGGAUGGUGAAGGUCGGAGGAGUUGUAGCAUAUACACUCUUCGACACGGGGGCCACUCACAGUUUUGUGAGCCAGGACCUAACCAGGAGAUGGAGUUUCCAGGGAAAUUACGAGGGCCGAACCACACGGGUAGAGACAGCCGGACCAGACGAGAUAUCCGCCAUGGGAGUAUUCGUGGGAGUGGCCGUGGAACUCGCCGAAGUGGUCAUGCCAGUUGACUUGCUUAAACUGGAGAUGGGACGUUACGAGGUGAUCCUCGGAAUGGACUGGUUAUCACAAUACGGGGCAGUUAUUGACUGUAACGGAGCAAACAUACGGAUCCCCAGGGAGGGAGGACGAGUGGUGUUUGAAGGACCAAAAACCAAGACCGGGGUCACGAUCAUAUCGAUGGCACAAGCCGGAGAACUAAUUAAAAGGGGGCACGACGCGUACCUGGCCACUAUAGAAAUGUUGGAGGCACCCAAGGAACCAAGGUUAGAGGAUGUGGCUGCGGCGAGAGAAUUCGCGGACAUGUUCGAACCCCUGCAGGGACCACCGCCGAAUAAAGACAGUGCAUUCAUGAUCGAGUUGGAACCAGGAACUGCACCUGUCUCCAAGGCCCCCUAUCGUCUGGCGCCGGCAGAAAUGGCCGAGUUGCGGGAACAGUUGGAAGACUUGAUAGGUAAGGGAUUCAUACGGCCAAGCAGCUCGCCAUGGGGAGCUCCGGUACUCUUUGUAAGGAAGAAGGAUGGAAGCUUGAGACUCUGCAUUGAUUAUAGAGGACUGAAUAAGGUGACCAUCAAGAACAAGUACCCACUACCCAGGAUCGACGAACUGUUGGACCAGUUGGUAGGAGCGACCUGGUUCUCCAAGAUAGACCUUGCAUCGGGAUACCACCAAAUUCCUAUAGCCGAGAAGGAUGUACAGAAGACGGCGUUCCGCACACGUUAUGGACAUUUUGAAUUCGUCGUAAUGCCGUUUGGGCUAACCAACGCACCAGCAGCCUUCAUGGGUAUGAUGAAUAAUGUCUUCCGAGAAUACUUGGACCGCUGCGUGAUAGUUUUUAUCGACGAUAUACUCAUCUACUCCCGGAGCAAGGAAGAACACGACUGGCACCUUAGGAUAGUGUUGGAAAAACUGUGUGAACAUAAGUUGUACGCAAAAUUAAGCAAGUGUAGUUUCUGGCAGAGGAAGAUAGGAUUCCUCGGACACGUUAUCACAGAGGCUGGAGUAGCGGUAGACCAAGAAAAGAUCAAAGCCAUAAUCCAAUGGCCUAUCCCAAAGAAUGCCACGGAAGUAAGGAGCUUUUUGGGUUGGCAGGGUACUACCGGAAGUUUGUACGAGAUUUCGCCACCACCGCAAAACCCCACACCAGGGUUCGAACAACUGAAACAUCAGCUGACUCAGACACCUGUACUGGUCCUGCCACGAACCGGCAUACCGUUUGUGGUAUACACGGAUGCCUCUAGGGUGGGAGUAGGGUGUGUACUCAUGCAAGAGAAACGAGUAAUUGCUUACGCGUCACGACAACUAAAGAAGCACGAAGCCAACUAUCCCACUCACGAUCUGGAACUCGCGGCUGUUGUCUUCGCCCUAAAGAUCUGGCGGGCUUAUUUGUACGGAGAGAAAGUUCAAGGAAACCCAGUAGCAGAUGCGCUUAGCAGGAGAAGGUCCGAUGUCUCAGGGGCCAGAGAGGUGCAAGAACUCUCGGGGAUGUUGGCGACCCUAAGCCUGAGGGCCACGACGGUUCAGGAGGACGGAAUAGGACUCGAAGCAUUGGACCAGGCAGAUUUACUAUGGAGAAUCAAGGAAGAACAGAAGAAGGACGACAGCUUACUGGAGAAGCACUGGGAUGGAGUGAAAAGCGACGUGGCAACAUGGGUCUCCCAGUGUCCUACUUGUCAGGUAGUAAAGGCAGAAAAGAGGAUACCGAGUGGAUUAUUGCAGGGCUUACCACUACCUCAAUGGAAAUGCGACAUGGUCACUAUGGACUUCGUGACAGGAUUGCCUCGGAUAACGGGCAAUAAGGAUGCAAUAUGGGUAAUAGUGGAUCGACUCACAAAGACGGCGCAUUUCAUCGCCAUCAAGAAGACUGAUGGAGCAGACAUACUUGCUCGCAAGUACCUAGACACCGUGGUACGGCUGCAUGGAAUACCUGUGAGCAUCGUGUCAGAUAGGGAUCCCAAGUUCACUUCAACCUUCUGGCAAGCGUUCCAAAAGGAAUUGGGCACCAAGGUACAUCUUAGCACGGCCUACCUUCCCCAGACCGACGGUCAGUCAGAACACACGAUACAGACACUGGAGGACAUGCUACAAGCAUGUGUCUUGGACUGGGGGGAAGUGGGGAGAGUACCUGCCGCUGGUGGAAUUUGCAUACAACAACAGUUAUCAUUCUAG